AUGUCACUGAAUAGAUUCUGUGGUGAUAUUCCUAACACAAUUGGAGGUCUGCAAAGCUUAAUCAAUCUUUCUUUGGCACACAAUAAACUACAAGGACCCAUUCCUCAGUCAUUUGGCAACUUGAUAAGCUUGCAAUCCUUGGAUGUAUCUUACAACAAUCUCUCAGGCAUAAUUCCAAAGUCAAUGGAGUCAUUGCUGCUUCUUCAGUAUUUCAAUGCAUCCUUCAAUAGGCUAAGAGGAGAAAUUCCCAGCGGAGGACCAUUUAUAAACUUCACAAAUCAAUCCUUCAAGUCAAAUGAAGCACUCUGUGGUGCCCCACAGUUCCAAGUCCCACCAUGUCACUCAAGCUCUCUGCACGGAUCAAGUACAAAAAAAGUUGUUCUAGUUGUUUACAUUUUAUUGCCAAUUGCUUUAAUUGCCUUGAUCUUCACAUUUGUCUCAAUAAAAUGUCGAAAGAAAGACAGAAUUCCAAUUGAAACAGAUUUGUUACCCACGUUACCACAUGGAAGAAUUUCACACCAAGAACUUCUAUGUGCUACUGAUGGUUUUAGCGAUAAAAACUUGCUUGGAAUGGGAAGUUAUGGUUCUGUUUACAGAGGGAGAUUAAUAGAUGGGACCAUUUUUGCCAUUAAGGUAUUCAAUUCGCAACUAGAAGGUGCUUCCAAGAGUUUUGAUACUGAAUGUGAAAUGUUACGCAACAUUCGUCACAGAAAUCUCACCAAAGUUAUCAGCAGUUGCUCCAACCUAGAUUUCAGAGCUUUGGUGCUCCAAUACAUGCCUAAUGGGAGUCUUGAAAAGUGGUUGUAUUCUCCUAACUAUUUCUUAGAUAUCUUACAAAGAUUAGAAAUAAUGAUUGAUUUGGCAUGUGCGCUCGAUUAUCUCCACCACGGUUGUUCAAUACCGUUGGCUCAUUGUGAUUUGAAGCCCAACAAUGUUCUGUUAGAUGAAGAUAUGGUUGCGCAUCUCAGUGAUUUUGGCAUUUCAAAGUUCCUGGGUGAGGGUGAGAGUAUUGCACACACCAAGACUCUUGCUACAUUAGGAUAUAUUGCACCAGAGUACGGAUUGGAAGGAUUAGUAUCCAUAAGAUGCGAUGUUUACAGUUAUGGUAUUAUGUUAAUGGAAAUAUUUACAAGAACCAAGCCCACUGAUGAUAUGUUUGUUGGAGAUUUGACCUUGAAGGUAUGGGUAAGUGAGUCACUACCUAAUGCAAUAAUUAAGGUUAUAGAUGCCAGCUUGCUCAGUCGAGAAGAAGGACAACUUGGUGCAAAGGUACAGUGUGUAUCAUCCAUCAUGCAAUUAGCUCUGAAAUGUUGUACAGAAUCACCCCAGGAUAGGAUAACCAUGGAAGAAGCCUUGGCAACACUAAAGAAGAUCAAACAUAUGUUUCUUGUAAGCCGUGAAGGUAAUAACCACGAAGAUUGCAUUGCUUUGAGAGGUGGAAGCGAUGGUGGCUCCUCUGCUCCAUGAUAUCAGAACUACGUCUGAAAGGGAGUUUGUGCUGUAAAAUUGAUAUAUGACAUUGGUGGAGGCACAUAUAUGUUGUUCCCUUUUUAUUAAAUUUUUUUGGAUAUAUAUGGUGUGUUAUGUCACAGUUCAUUUAAUUUAUUGUCUUUAGGAUCUAGUGGUCAUGUACUGCUUCGCUGUUUUUAUUCUGUGUAUUCUAGCUGUAUGCUGCAUGUAUGUUUUUAUGGUAUCUAUACAUAUUGUUUUUAUUUAUUUAUUAUGGCGUAGCCUUGAUGUGUUCAGAA